CCCGCCUCCUUGCUCUCGGUCCUCCCAGCGCUGCCGCUGUGGAGAUCUCACCGUUACGCUUUCUUUUUAUGUUGUUGGCUUUAAUUACAGAAGUAGAGGCAUAAACCGCCUGUGGGCGUCAGAUUGCAUCUCCGGGCAGAAUUUUCCCGGGACUACAGUUUGCAAAUCUGUCCCGUGCAGGGAAGGGUCGGUGGUCGCAGUGAUGCUCUUGCUGCUGCUGGCGGCUGGCUCGUCCAUCCUGGGAAAUGCCGUGGAAAAGGUCGUGGAUGGCAGCUUGACGACCAUGGUGCUGGUUACUUCAGCUUUUAUCUUGAGUCUGGCGUACUUCUCCAAAAUGAGCUUAAAACAUUAUGAAAAUCCGAACACGAAAUACCCGCCAUAUAUUCAUUCUAGCAUUCCGUUCCUUGGACAUGCAAUUGCUUUUGGAAGAAAUCCGAUUGACUUUUUAGAAGAUGCAUACUCUAAAUAUGGUCCUGUGUUUAGUUUCACAAUGGUUGGGAAGACAUUUACAUAUUUGCUGGGGAGUGACUCGGCUGCUUUGCUCUUCAACAGUAAAAAUGAGGACUUAAAUGCUGAGGAUGUUUACUCCAAGCUUACAACACCAGUUUUUGGCAAAGGAGUUGCCUAUGAUAUUCCAAACCCAUUAUUUCUGGAACAGAAGAAGAUGCUCAAAACUGGUCUGAACAUUGCACAAUUUAAACAGCACAUCCCUCUGAUUGAAGAGGAAACUAUUGAGUAUUUUAAACGUUGGGGUGACAGUGGUGUCAAAAAUUUGUUUGAGGCCCUCUCAGAGCUGAUCAUUUUAACAGCCAGCUGUUGUUUACAUGGAAAAGAGAUUCGAAACCUGCUCAGUGAGGAAGUUGCUCAGCUCUAUGCUGACCUUGAUGGUGGAUUUACCCAUGCUGCAUGGCUUCUUCCCAGCUGGUUACCUCUUCCCAGUUUCAGACGACGUGAUAAAGCACAUAAGAAGAUCAAGAAUAUCUUCUAUGAUGUAAUUAAGAAACGGAGGGAGUCGAGUACCAAGGAGGAUGACAUGCUACAGACCUUACUGGAUGCUACCUACAAGGAUGGAACUUCUCUGACUGACGACGAAAUUGCAGGUAUGCUUAUUGGACUGCUGUUGGCAGGGCAGCAUACUUCCUCUACUACCAGUGCCUGGAUGGGAUUUUUCUUGGCUCAACAUAAAGAGCUGCAGGAGCGUUGCUAUGUGGAGCAGAAAGCAGUGGCUGGGGAGAACCUGCCACUGCUCACCUACAAUCAGCUGAAGGACAUGAGUUUGUUGGAUCGCUGCUUAAAGGAAACCCUCAGGCUCCGUCCUCCAAUAAUGACAAUGAUGAGGAUGGCCAGAACUCCACAGACUGUUGCUGGUUACACCAUUCCUCCAGGCCAUCAAGUGUGUGUCUCUCCUACCAUCAACCACAGACUUAAAGAUGCUUGGGUUGAAAGAUUUGAUUUCGACCCGGAUCGCUAUCUCCGAGAUAACCCGGCUGCCCAACAAAAGUUUGCGUUUGUACCUUUUGGCGCAGGUCGUCAUCGUUGUAUUGGGGAAAAUUUUGCAUAUGUACAGAUCAAGACAAUCUGGUCUACUUUAAUCCGUUUGUAUGAAUUUGAUCUUGUUGAUGGAUACUUUCCAGUUGUGAACUAUGCAACCAUGAUCCAUACCCCUACAAACCCAGUUAUCAGCUAUAAGAGACGAAUGAAAUGAGAAAUAGAUUAAUAAAAUUUAAUCUUGCUAUUCUUCAGUGACUUGUUCAUGCUAUCAAAUCAUUUUGUUGGUUUGCUGUAUAAGAAUUUCAACUAAUUCAGUACUGAUUCUGUAAUUACUGUUAAUUAAUUUCUAAAUUAAGGAUAUUGAUAACUGGGGUCAAUUUUACAGAUAGUAGUGGUCUGAAAUUUUGGUGUCUCUGCUCAUGAAUUGCAUUUGUAUCCCUGAAAGCAAAGAUGUGUUGAGAAUUAUUUGCAUUACUGAGCACUCAAAGACAGCAGCUUGGUGAAUUUCCUUGUAUUAUCACAUCCUUUUGUGAUUGAUUCUCAGUGUUAAACUUCUAUCAAUUUGAAUGUUGUCCCUUUUGCAACAGGUACUUUAACAUUUUAGGAUGUCACUAGAGAAAUGUAGAGAACAUAUGUUGCAGUUUUCCAGUGGUGGGCUGCUUGUAUGAACAUUAGGGAGUGAAGUUUGCUUUUAAAUAUGAAUUUGGAGUUUCUGAAGUUGUGGUAUAGCUUGGUUUGUAGAAAUUUUGUACCAGCUUGGGAUGGAUAAUUAUGGUUAUGACUUUGUAGCCUCUCAAAAUGGGAUUGCUUAAGGCUUUAAAACUGUUGUCUCACUUGUGAAUGUAAUAGGUUGUCAUUUUGUUCUGUAUUAUUUUAACUAAUUAUGUAGCACCAAAAUUGGUCAUUGGAUCAGGAAAUUCAUCUCAUUAUUUAUACCCCAUCCCUCAGCUAGCCUCAAAACAAAGGAUAGUUAUGUUGAAAAUUCAUGAGCAAAAGCAUGCCUAUUUGGUAUGGUGUUUGUAAAACAGUAUUUUAAUGCAUAAGUUCAAAUUUAUAAAGUAAAAAUGUAUAAAAUGAUUAAUUAAGUCCUCAGUUGUAGUUAAUUCAUGAAGGCAUGUCACUUGUUUGCUGUUAAUAUUUUACCAUAAGACACAGGAGCAGAAUUAGGCCAUUUGGCCCAUCAAGUCAGCUCUGCCAUUCCAUUGUGGUUGAUUCAUUAUCCUUUUCAACCCCAUUCUCCUAUCCUUUCCCUGUAACCUUUUUGCUCUUACCAAUGAAGAACCUGUGUUUUAAAUAUAUGUAAUGACUUUGCCUCCAGAGCUGUCUGUGGCAAUGAAUCCUACACUUUCACCACCCUCUAGUUAAAAAUAUUCUGACUCAUCUCUGUUCUAAAGGGACUUGCCUCUAUUCUGAAGCUGUGCCCUCUGGUCCUAGGCUGUUCCACUAUAGGAAACAUCCUCUCCACAUCUUCUCUGUCUAGGCCUUUCAAUAUUCAAUAUUCUCCUCCCAUCACUUCCCAUUCCUCUAAACUCCAGGGAGAACAAUUCCAGAACUAUUAAAUGUUCUUCAUGCAUUAACCCUUCUGUGCCAGGAAUCAUACUGGUGCACCACCUCUGGUCCCCCUCCAAUGCCAGCAUAUCUUUUCUUAGAUAGGGGCCCCAAAACUGCCCACAGCACUCCAACUGCGGUCAACCAAUGCUAUAUGAAGUCUCAACAUUCUAUCCUUGCUUUUAUAUCCUAGACUUCUUGAACACUAAUAUUGCCUUUGUCUUCCAUUUUUCUUUCAUGUAUCUGCUGCUAUCACCACUCCAGGCAGGAGAUUCCAAGCACUUAUCAGUAUCAGUUUUUAAAAAAACAUCUACCUGACUUCCCCUCUAUACUUCCCCCAAUCACCUUAAAAUUAUGCCAUCUUGUAUUAGCCACCCUGGGAAAAAGGCACUGGCUGUAUAUCUUAUACAUUCAUCCUAUCGUCAUAAAAUGUGCUCUCUAAUCCAGGCUGUAUCCUAAUAAAUCUUCAUUCUCUUUAAAGCUUCUUGUGAUGAUGCUACCAGAAAUGAACAUAGUACUCCAAGUGCCGUCUAACCAGAGUUGUAUAGAGCUCGACAAUAUCUCAUAGCUCUUGAACUCAAUCCUCCAGCUAAUGAAGGUCUCCAAACCAUUUGCUGCCUUAACCACUCUAUAUAUUUGCACUGCAAUUGUGAGAUCUCUGAAUGUGGACCUUAAGAUUCCUCUGUUGCUGCACGAAGCUAAGAAUCCCAUAUGAACCCUGUACGACCUUUCAAAGUGUAUCACUUCACACUUUUUUGAAUUGAACUCCAUCUGCCACCUCUCAACCCAGCUCUGCAUACUAUCAAAGUUCCAUCAUAACCUUCUAUCCACAACCCUAGCAAUCUUCGUCAUCUGCAAACCUAUUAACUCUUCCCCCACCCACCUCCUCAGCUAAGUCAUUUAUAAAAAUCAAGAAAAGCAAGAGUCCCGCUCAGAACAGAUCCCUGUGGAAUAUCACUUUUCACUGACCUCCAGGCAGAAUACGCAUCACCUACUACCUUCCUCUGCCUUCUAUGGGCAAGCCAAUUUCGAAUCCAUGCAACCAAGUUUCCUGGAUCCUAAGACUUAUGACUUUUUGAAUCAGCCUAGCAUAGGGAAACAUGACAGGCUUAUUUUCUUACAUCCAUAAACAUCACAUUCAUUGCUUUAUCAACUUGUUUUGUUACUUCCUCAAAGAAUUCAUUCAGGCUUGAGUGGCAUGGCCUGCUCUUCACAAAGGCAUACUGACUACCCCUAAUCAGACUGCUUCUCGAAAAUCAAGAAUCUUCUUCAAUAAUUUGCCCACUACCGAUGUAAAACUCAAUGGUUUAUAAAGUCUCAGGAGUAUCCUUAUUACCUUUCUUGAAUAAAGAAAUAACAUUUGCCACCAUCUAAUCUGCUGGUAUUACUCUUGUGGCCAGUGAGGAUGCAAAGAUCAUCUCCAAAGGCGUAGCAGUCUCUUUCAUUUCCUGGAGUAUAUCAAGGCUUUGGGUAUUAUCUAUCCUAGUGUUUUUCAAAACUUCCAGCAUAUUAGCCUGUUUUACGUUGUCCUCACAUUCGUCAUGGUCCCUUUUCCCUUUCAAUAAUGAAUACUGAAGGCAGGUAUUCAUUAAGGACCUACCGACCUUCUCUAAUUCCAAACAUGUUUCUUCUGUGUCCCUGAUUGGUCCUACUGGAAUAGUCAUCCUUCUGUUCUUUAUGUACACAAAGAACACCUUGGGGUUUUCAUCAAUCCUACUCACCAAGGCCUUCUGAUGUCCCCUUCUAGCUCUCAUUUCUUUCCUUUUUAAAUCUUUUUAUUGAGUAAGUAUACAAAAAAGGUAAGCCAUAUAAACAUUAGUACAAUGUUAAAGUAUAAUAAAAUUCCAAAAGAUAACAAUACCAAAAAGAAAAUACUACAAACAAUGUAAUUUAAGCAUAAGAAACCAAGAUAACAUAAUAGUAUACUAGAUUUUAUAUAUAUCAAUGGAAAAAAAGAAAAAAAAAACCCCAAAAAAAAACCCACCGUGCAACUAACUAAAAGCAAAGCAAAGCAAUGGGCUAACUUGAAACCAAACAGAGUUAAACUUAAAAUCACGUCCUCAAUCCCAACCUCCAUUAAAACAGUGAAGAGAAAACAAGAAGGGUAAAUAUUACAUUAAAUGAAAAUAUCGAAUAAAAGGUCCCCAAAUCUGUUCAAAUUUAAAUGAAGAAUCAUAAAGGUUACUUCUAAUUUUCUCCAGAUUCAAACAUAAAAUCGUCUGAGAAAACCAAAAAAAGGUAGUUGGAGCAUUAAGCUCUUUCCAAUGUUGUAAAAUACAUCUUUUCGCCAUUAAAGUAAGAAAUGCAAUCAUUCUACGGGCUGAAGGGGAAAGAUUACUAGAAAUUUUAGGUAGUCCAAAGAUAGCAGUAAUAGGGUGAGGAGAGAUAUCUAUAUUUAAUACCUUAGAAAUAAUAUUGAAAAUAUCUCUCCAAAAAGUUUCCAAAGUAGGGCAAGACCAAAACAUAUGAGUUAAAGAGGCUAUCUGCCCCGAACAUCUAUCACAGAAAGGAUUAAUAUGCGAGUAAAAACGCGCUAACUUAUCUUUGGACAUAUGUGCUCUAUGAACCACUUUAAAUUGAAUUAGGGAAUGUUUAGCACAAAUAGAGGAAGUAUUAACUAAUUGUAAAAUCUGCCCCCAAUCAUCCACAGAAAUGGUAAGCCCCAAUUCCUGUUCCCAAUCUACCCUAAUCUUAUCAAAUGGAGCUUUCCUAAGUUUCAUAAUAAUAUUAUAAAUCAUAGCCGAUGCACCUUUCUGACAUGGAUUAAGGUUAAUUAUCGAAUCUAAAAUAUAUAUAGGAGGAAGCAUUGGAAAGGAAGUAAGUAUAGUACUUAGGAAAUUUCUAACUUGUAAAUAUCUAAAAAAAUGUAUUCUUGAUAAGUUAUAUUUGUUAGAUAAUUGUUCAAAAGACAUAAGGGAACCAUCUAAAAAUAAAUCCAAAAACCGUAAAAUACCCUUAGUCUUCCAAGUUUGAAAAGCGCGAUCCGUAAAAGAGGGAGGAAAAAAUAUGUUACCUAAAAUAGGAAUCGCUAACCCGAAUUGAUUAAGAUCAAAAAAUUUUCUGAAUUGAAACCAAAUGCGCAAAGCAUAUUUAACUAUCGGGUUAGAGACCUGCUUAAGACGUUUCGAAUCAAAAGGAAGAGAGGAACCUAAAAUAGAACCAAGUGUAUAACCCUGAACAGAUUGU